UCUGUCACCGCACGCAGGGGUCAAGGGGAAACAAGCAUGGCCGCGCUAUUCCGGGGGUCACGCACACUUUUAUUCAGCUGGAACAAACAUGUGGACUCCGCCUUGGUGUGUACGCGGACCAUGGCCUCUAAAACCCCAGUGGGCUUCAUCGGUGUGGGGAACAUGGGAACGCCGAUGGCCAAGAACCUGCUGAAGAACGGUUACCCCGUCAUCUGCACGGACGUGUUCCCCGAGUCGUGUAAGGAGCUGCAGGACAUAGGCGCUCAGGUGGUGGACACUCCGGCCGACGUGGCGGACAGAGCCGACCGCAUCAUCACCAUGCUGCCUUCAAGUCCCAACGUGAUCGACGCCUACAUGGGAAACAACGGCAUCCUCAAGAAAGUGAAGAAGGGCACUCUGCUGAUCGACUCGUCCACCAUAGACCCGUACGUGUCCAAGGACAUGGCAGUGACCGCCGAGAAGAUGGGAGCAGUUUUCAUGGACGCCCCAGUGUCAGGAGGUGUGGGUGCCGCCAGUAUGGCUAAGCUGACGUUCAUGGUGGGGGGUCCAGAGGAGGAGUACACGGCCGCCCAGGAGCUGCUCACGUGUAUGGGAGCCAACGUGGUCUACUGCGGCCAGGUGGGGUCAGGACAGGCUGCGAAAAUCUGCAACAACAUGCUGCUCGCCAUCGGGAUGAUCGGGACCGCGGAGACCAUGAACCUCGGAAUCAGACUGGGCCUCGACCCGAAGCUCCUGGCCCAGGUUCUGAACAUGUCCUCGGGUCGGUGCUGGUCCAGUGACACUUAUAACCCGGUGCCUGGGGUCAUGGAGGGAGUCCCGUCUGCCAACAACUACCAGGGAGGCUUCGGCACCACGCUCAUGGCCAAGGACCUGGGUUUCGCCCAAAGCACGGCCACCAGCACGCGCUCGCCCAUCCCUCUGGGCGCUCUGGCCCAUCAGAUCUUCAGGGUCAUGUGCUCUCGAGGCUACGCCAACAAGGACUUCUCCUCCGUGUUCCAGUUCCUACGCGAGGAGGAGGGCCAGUGAACAGCCGCCGCCCCCGAAACCCCCAAACCUCCAAACCCUCGCCGUGUUACCGUAGAACCAUCAGAACAUCACAUACAUGCCGUGUUUACACUCGUGAAAAUAUGCAACUCUCUGCUGUACCAGCUUUUGUAAACGACCCCGGGACAGGGCAGGUAGGCCGGGAAUAAUCCGUGUGUCAUUCGUUCAUUCGUUUUUCAAUAUAAAAACAAAAAUAAGAAAAUGAAAAAAAAAAAAACGAUUUUCUUCAUCAUUUGUCUCCAAAACCAAAAUUAGUUUUUUUCUGUUUUUGAUUUUGUGUUUAAACGAAUAAUGGAAAAAAAAACUGAUAAUUUCUGUGACUUAAACCGAGAUGCCGGAGUGAACCAGGACUAAAACAGGACUAAAAUUGGACCAAAACUGGACUAAAACAUGACUGAAAACUAAAACAGGACUGACCCGGGACUAAAAUGGGACUAAAAUGGGACUAAAACGGGACUAAAACAGGACUAAAACGGGACUAAAACUGGACUAAAAUGGAACUAAACCAUUACUGAACCAGGACUGAACCAUGAGUGUCGGGACGGGUCAGGAGUUGUGCCCUUGUAGACUGUCAGAUGAUCAGGACCAGACCGGGAAUGGGACCAGGACUGAGACCAGUUUAGUCCUGGUUUAGUCCUGUUUUAGUCCUGGUCCAGUUCUGGUUUAGACCUGGUUUAGACCUGGUUUAGUCUGUAUGCUCCGCAAAAGUCCGGCAUCGUAGUUUAAGUCACGGAAACGGGAAAAAUCUUUUGUUUUUUCGUUUCAUUUUUUUAUUCGUUUAAACACAAAAUUGAAAACAGAAAAAAACAAAUUUUGGUUUUGGAGACAAAUAAUGAAGAAAAUAGCGUUUUUGUUUUUUUUUUCAUUUUAUUAUUUUCGGUUUUAUUUUGAAAAACGAAUGAACGAACGAUACACGACUCCGGGAUUGUCCACACGGUCUAUGAUACGGUUUUCAUUAUUCUUUAGAUUUUGUUCAACAGGAAUUUCAAAGUGUAUUUUGCUGAAAGGGAGUAGAUUAAAAGGUGUUUUGUAUUUUUUCUCACUUAGAUACCAUCACAUUUGUUUAUACUUCUAUCAGGCUUUAUGAACAUGUUUCAUACGUUUAUAAAGACUGUUUCCAUUUUUACCUUUAAAAAUUAACAUUUCCCCUUGGAUAUCAGACGAGCAGCUCCACGUUCUGAGGUUUGUGGAGUUGCAGCAGAAAUGUUCCUUGAGAGAAACGAUGACCCUGUUUUAAUGGUUCCAUAUCAAACUUGUUCCACUUUAGAACAACUCGAGCACUUAGCGUGAACAUUUGAACACUGCAGAUCUCUACAUGAGUUAUAAUGACUUCAGCUCAGAAUAUGUUAUUACUUAUUGAUUUAUUGUUCGUUAUCUGACUUAAUCACUAAAUAUAUCAGACUGAUUGAACUGGUUUUCCAUCCAAACAAAAUACAGAGUGUUCCAAAAGAUUUGACGUCAUUUUAAAAGCAAUUAUCUUGAAAACUACAAUGUCUAGUGUUCAGUGAAAUUGAACAGUUUAGGUUUAGGCUGGGUGUCAUUAAGAAGUUGCCAAUACAAUACAUACCUCAAUACAUGGGCCAUGAAACGAUACGAUACAUUUCAACAUGAUUCGAUACGGUUCAACAAAAAAUAAAGUCUAAAUUUAGUCUGUGAUACUAAAAGUCUUUGUUAAACCACUUCUUCUUGUGCAAAGUUCAUAUGAAACACAAACAUUUUAAUCAUCAAAACAGUCAAAAUGUCAAAUGUGUCGCAUAAACGAGUUUCCUUCCACUAAAGAAAACGACAAAACUGUAGCUGUAACAAAAAAAAAUUAAGUAAAUUAAACCAAAAAAUACUCCUCGUCUCUCCAGGGUGAGAGUGUGUGAACAGAUUCCAAGAUGCAAAGUGACUUCUCUUUGGGAGUCAACGGCUCAACCUGAAAACAGAACAAAAAAUAAAACAUUAAAUAUAAAAUCUCGAUCUGUUUCUAAACAUUCUUUGAAAAUUUGAGGUGAUUUCAACAAGUACUGGCGAAAUUAUUGCCCUGCGAAAUGAUAUCAGUGUUUUUGGGGCAUCCUGUGUAUUAAUAAUGGGGUGAGGCAUGUUUCAAACCCCCAAAUGGCACCAGAACAACAUUCAGCUUGAAAUGAAAAGCCUUGUUCUGACAAUCACAAUUAUGCAACAAAACUCAAUUUUAAGUAAAAAAACAAACAAAACUAAAUUAAAUCUUAAAUAGGGAGUAUUACGCAAAAUCGACAGUUGCAGUUUUCUACCAUAUUAUAUUUAACGUUCCUUCUUGAAAACAUGCCUGAAGUGGUUUUAGAUGCCUCCAUGCGUGUUUGAGUAAUUUAGCGAUCUCUCUGGGCCCUAUUCGAUCCCUCCUUGUACAAAACUGCGUCCACAGGCUUACAUCGUCCAUGCUCCCACACGAAAAUUCUCCGUAAAUAUACAAAAACACGAGACGAACCUUACGCUACAACUUCACAAACCUGAUGCGAUGUAGAGUAGUUUCAUGUUUUUUAUUGUGAUAGUGCUCUGAAGGGGGAGUGACUUAACACGGAGAGCAAAGGCAGGAGGAGAUCAGAGCAUCACAAAUGAAACUUAAACUAAUUAAACAUGUUAAUACGUCGUUUUCGGCAAAUACAACAUUUUCAAAACAAAAAAAAAGGAACAUUCUGAAAAAGCCCAUAAAAGUGUAAUACUCCCUAUUUUAACUUUAAGUAACGUAUUUUUUUCUGAGUUGAAGUCAUAUUAACGAUUGUAGAUUGCUGGAAAAAGCACUUUAGUGUGAAAUUCUAAACCAAAUUAUGAUUAUUUUGAAUACAUGUUGAAUUUGUACGAAAUCUCAAAUGCCAUUCAAUGUUAAUCGUUAUAUUUUGACUCUCUAGUUUUUUUUUUUUUGUUUCGUUUUGUUUGUUUGUUUCCGUCUUGAGAGCGAGCCUAAUAUUCCUUCAGCUCAUGGCCGUCUUAACCGCACGCAUGUUCGCUUCGUCUGCGCGUUCGCCAAAUCUCGCGUUCAUUUUUCUCGUCGUAAUAAAGUCGUCGGUGUAAUUAAACGAGGCCAACGAGGGUCCGAGGAGAUGUACGUUUAUGUAGAAAUGAAGCUCGAUUUCAGAACAUAUAUAUUCUAUCAUGUGCACGACGGAUGUGGAGAUAUGAGGUGUUGCUUUAAGUGAAUGAGUCUGCAUUGUCCUUCCGUGUAAAAAGAAAAAAAAAGGACAAAAAUAAGAACGGCAACGCGACGACAGACAACGUAAGGGAGAAAAGAGCUGGAUGUUUUUCAGAAGCUUCGGAUCAAAACUGACCACGAUGUGAGAUUAUGUUACGAUUUUUCAUUUCCUGUACCUAAAGUCGGUUUGUACGCAGGGUUCCUACGCGUGAAUUUUUAUACAUUUCAGAUACAAAAAGCACUGAAUGAGAAGGUGUGUCCAAACUUUUGACCGGAAGCGUCUGUCUGUCUGUGUGUUUAAAGGAGCACUGCGUAACUUUGUGAUGGACUUAUCGCCACACACUUGUCUCCAUGGAGAUGUUGAUACUUUGCUUGAAAUGUUCCACGUAGCAUCCAUUAAGGGCUCGUUUCAUUAUGGGUGUUGUACUGGCUCUAUUCACACUUACAUCAGGGGUCAGCCGUAUGUUCCCUCAUUUCUAAGAUUUUUCUUAUUUCUAAGAUUUUUCUCAAAAUGAAACUCUAAGUCAAGUCAUUUUUAUUUUCAUACCUACACAAAUGGCUGCUUGUAUGGGUAAUAGGUUGGGUGACUGACGACCAAAUUGGGACAAACAGUGAUCAAAUCAGAUGCAAAGUGAUGAUAUAUGACAUAUAUUUAUUAACAUAGGGUCUAAUUUUGGAGAAAAAAAAAAAGUAGAAGAAAUUAGGGAAGAUGGGGCUGAGGGAACAUAGGCACGCUCCCACCAGGAAGACGUUUGGAAACAUGUGAUGACGACUUCGUUGGGUUCUGUUCGCAGUAGUAAGUCUGACGAAAUCUAGGAAAAAUGAGAAAAUGUCCCGGUUUUCUUCAUCUCCAUGUCAUUGUAGUGUUCCGUUAUGUUCGGUUAAUCAACAUUUCCAACCAUAUCUCAGUUUUCAUAAUUUCCUCACUGACACACAACUCCAAGCGCACUGGGUACCGUAUUUUUCGGACUAUAAGGCGCACUUAAAAUCCUUUAAUUUUCUCAAAAAUCGACAGUGCGCCUUAUAAUCUGGUGCGCCUUAUGUAUUAUUUCGCGUUGUGCUUACGGACCUUGAACUGAUUUUCAUGUGGUACACGGUGCUCAAAAAAUCUGUCAAAAUGUUUUAAUACGACUUUGGUAAAAUAUGAAGCCGCACCAAUUGAUGGAUUGUCAAAGCAUUACAACUGCCACAGUCAGGAGUCUCGCGGAGUACAGUCUUUGAAAAGUUUCACAUGAACCAUCUCCAACGCGAUAGAAACACAGAACAGACUCACCAUCAGCAGAACACCCCUCUGUCACUGAAAGAACACUCAUAUUCCACUGAGUCGUGUCCUUUAGUCCGACAGAAGCUGAACCGCAUCAGCGCACAAGGAGCGAGCUGUUUUUUUCAGCGCUUAUAUUUUAUGCAAAUGAGUCAUGUGGUUUUAAGUUUAGUUUCUGUAAAACGUAAACAAAUGUGCGCAAAGCUGCAUUAAACACAUUAUUACUCGAUGUAUAUUUGAAUCAUCCUUGUAGGAAAUUUUAAAAAAAACUACUUAAAUGAUCCACCCACAUUCACAUUCAUAAUACACAUUCACCAAGACAGGGAGGUAACGCUGGGCGAAUUACACCACGAUCUGGGCUAUGGAUCAGUCUCAAGUGUCGUCUGUUUGUUUCGCUUAAUGCACAUUAUAAUAUUAUGUAUGAAAACUGAUGAGAGAAUUCAAUAUUAUAGAUAUUAUGACCAGAUUUACGUCAGUGGGUUCGAUCACAGUCGGUCGGUGAGUCCAGUGUCGGGAACCACAUCGGAAGCAUGUUUCCAAACGUCUUCUUGGUUUGUGACGUAAGCGUGAACAGAGCCUAAUGUUCAAAAAUGCCAAUAACAAAAAGCAUGUAUUCUUACUGGGAGUGGGCUCGCCUUUCCCUGGAUCUUACCUGUAACUUGGCCAAGUGGCGUCACAAAGUUUAAUGACAUACUGUGGAACAUCUGACAGAGACAUUACAUCUCCAAGGACGUGGAAUAAGUUACUCAGUGCACAAAUUCACACACAUUUCUUAUCAAUCAAUGAAAAAAAAAAACAGUGAAAUGUUUGAUAACUGGAAGAAAAUACAACAAAAAAAAAGAGUUUGUGCACAAUUUGUCAUUUUUGGGCACACAUAGGACAGAAACAGAAAGUUAUGGCUGACUUUUCAGGAUUUCAAUGCAAGUUUUGUUUGCACUUUUCACCAGCAAUGCAAAAAGUUUAAAGGUAUAUACACACUUAAACUUUGAUAUCGUAAAGGAACCCUGUUUAUUUUAUUUUAUUUGAUACACUCAACUGUACCUCACUUAACCACUACAUUAGAACCCUAUGCAGGUUUCCUCCGGUCUUUAUAAUUGUACUCCUAAUGCUGGACUCUCUUUUAAAAGUUACAACUGACCUGAUAUUACCUCACCUGUGCUCUUGAGCCUCAGUAUUACUACGAUUAUUUCUAUUAUUACUCUGUGACCAACACUGUUCACCUUUUCUACUGUUGCAAUGCAAACUCUCGGACAGUAUUUUCCUACGUUUUUACCAGACCUCGGUCCGCCUCUUCUCUUUCUGCCGCUGCAGCGUCUCUAAAACUUGACAAAUGUAAAUAAUGUAAAUUUCAUGAUGUCGUUGGAGGAGUUAUGUCACUUUUUUAUGUGCAGUCUACAGUUGUGUCUUGUGCUGUGUGAGAUCAGCAGCUGUAGCCUUAAUAAACAUGUCUCCAAAUCAGAA